AUGGCUGCGCAUCCUGUCGCUGUAAGUCCAUUUCCUUCGCCACCAGAAUAUGCUCGUCAGUAUACAGAUGCAAAUGUUGCGAAGAAAAAUGUGUUACCACCACCACCUGUACCAAACGAAUUCACAGUAUUCGGUGAAGAAUACAAUUUUGCUGAGGAAAUGAUCCGUUCGUUACAAUCACAAAAAAUGCAGCAGCUAUUUUCAAGCAAUGGAGAUUGGAGAAGUGAGUUGAAAAAGUUGAAUCGGAGCACAAUUGCUGCAUUUCUCGACCUUCUCGAUAUUCUUAUAAGGUGUCCGAGUCAUCCGGAACGUUUAGAGAAGAUUAAUAAUUUACGCCUUCUUUUUAUUAACAUGCAUCAUUUGAUUAAUGAGUAUCGACCAGUACAAGCGCGUGAUGCUCUACAGAUGAUGAUGAAGGCGUCACUUAAGACUAUUGAGGAAGUCAAUAGUCGUCUUCGUAGUUAUUUAACGAUAGGUGAGGAAGCUUUAAAUCAGAUUGUGGAGCACUUGCCUCAGAUUGAUUCUCCUUCUUCUUCUAAAAAUGCUGAGGAAAUAGAUAGAGACUUGGUUGAACAGCGAGAUGAGAAAAAUAUUGGUAAGCGUAGCAAUUAUGAUGAAGCCCGUAAAACUGCCAUUUCCAAAAAAGAGGACUGGAAAAGAGAUAUAUUGCUUUGUGAGUUAUUGGAUUCAGUGGAUGAUGAUGAUUUCGAACAGCGGUCAUCACCUAACUCAUCUAGAAUUAAAUUAGAUUAUUGA